CAUGAUCGCACUGAAAGAGAGCGCAUAAAGAUUGGCGGGUGGAUGAUAGUAGGCGAGGAUGAGGUAGCGAGUAAUGCAGUCCAGCACUUGAGAAUGCUGAUCGGCCUUGUACAGAAGAAGCAUUUUCUGAAGUGAUUUUGUUUUUAUUUGUCAAAUUUGCCCUAAUUGUCCUAACUGGUGGUUAAAACAACGGUUACAGUAUAUUUUAAAGUUGCGUCCCUUCACGCGCAUCCUUCUAUCGAGCUGUUGAACGGUUCACCGGAGAUACACGACUUCCUCAAUCUGCCGACAUGUAUCGCUUGCAGUUACUGGCAGCUCGGUCACUGAUCGCCGGAGCUCUCGAUCAGUUUACCCCAUUGACACUAACAUCAUCACUUACCGGGGUAAGACACAAAUCUCAAGGUCCGUCCGUGGAGAAGUACGGUCAAAUGCGCUUCAGCACCGCCGAGGCUAAAGUGUCUGCUGGGCGCCUGGACGGAAAGAUGCGGGAGAAGAGCCUGACUAUGGACACACUGAACCCGCAGGUGAAGGCUGUGGAGUACGCCGUGAGAGGACCCAUCGUCAUCAAAGCUGGAGAGAUUGAGAGAUGCUUGGAAGAGGGUGGUACAAAACCCUUCUCCGAGGUCAUCAAAGCCAACAUCGGUGAUGCACAUGCCAUGGGACAGCAACCAAUCACCUUCCUUAGACAGGUGGUGGCUCUCUGCACGUUCCCUGAGCUGAUGGACAGCCCUAGUUUCCCAGAGGAUGCGAAAUGGAGAGCACGGCGUAUCCUGCAGGGCUGCGGGGGAUACAGUCUCGGGUCAUAUAGUGCAAGCCAGGGUAUAGAGCACAUCCGCAAAGACAUUGCCACAUUCAUAGAGCAAAGAGAUGGAGUUUCUUCAAACUGGGAAAACAUUUACCUCACUACUGGAGCUAGUGAUGGCAUUAUGACUAUUUUGCGGCUGCUGGUGUCUGGGAAAGACUCUUCUCGGACAGGUGUGAUGAUUCCCAUUCCUCAGUACCCACUUUACUCUGCUGCAAUCUCAGAGAUGGCUGCAGUACAGGUCAACUACUACUUGGAUGAAGACAACUGCUGGGCCCUGGACAUAAAUGAACUUUACAGAGCCUAUCAGGCUGCCAAACAGCACUGCCAACCCCGAGUCAUUUGCAUCAUAAACCCUGGCAAUCCUACUGGUCAGGUCCAGAGUAAAAAAUGCAUCGAAGAAGUCUUGCACUUUGCUUAUGAGGAGAAUCUUUUUGUUAUGUCAGACGAGGUGUAUCAGGACAACGUGUACGCUUCUGACUGUCAGUUCCACUCCUUCAAGAAGGUGUUAUAUGAGAUGGGUCCUGAGUACUUUAACAGCGUGGAGCUUGCCUCCUUCCAUUCCACUUCCAAAGGCUACACGGGAGAGUGUGGCUUCAGGGGUGGAUAUAUGGAGGUGAUCAAUAUGGAUCCUGAGGUUAAGGCCCAGCUGGUAAAGCUAUUAUCAGUUCGACUGUGCCCCCCCCUGGCUGGCCAGGCUGCAAUGGAUGUCAUUGUCAACCCUCCACAACCAGACGAGCCCUCGUUCAAACAGUUCCACCAGGAGAAAUCAUCUGUGCUGGGUGCUUUAGCAGAAAAAGCUAAGCUAACUGAGCAGAUCCUGAAUGCGGUUCCAGGAAUCAAGUGUAAUCCUGUCCAGGGGGCCAUGUACGCCUUUCCUCGCAUCUUUAUCCCUCCUAAGGCAGUGGAGGAAGCCAAGGGUCUAGGAAUGCAGCCUGACAUGCUGUAUUGCCUGAGGUUGCUGGAGGAGAAGGGGAUCUGUGUUGUUCCUGGUAGUGGCUUUGGACAGAAAGAUGGAACAUAUCAUUUCAGGAUGACAAUCUUGCCAUCCACAGAGAAGCUAAAGGUACUUCUUGGCAAAGUGCAAGAUUUCCACAUCAGUUUCCUGAAAGAGUAUUCUGCUCUGGAGUAGCUACAGAGAGAUGUGACCUGAUUUGGAAAACAUAAGAUUGAAUCAUGAUUUAAUGAACUUUCAAGAAAUACAGCCUUGUUUACUAAUAAUUUUGGGAAAUGGUUUCUGGAUGAGUUUUGGGGAACUAUUAGGGGUUUAGUUCAGACAUGCAACACUGUUUGAAUGUUACAUUUUUGUUGUUUUGUUUAGUCAAUCAUUUUCAAUUCAACAAUUCUGCAGCAGGGUGUUGGGUUAAUAGACACUUUCUAUCAUACAUGAGAUUCAGUUACAAAUAUGAAUUAUUAUUGACUUUCCAAACCUGGAACUGAACUAUGAGUUUUGGCAAGAUUGAGAUGCACUCAGUUGAAAUUCUUUUGUAGCACCUUAUUUGAAAUACUCAGAACUAUUUUGCCUGAUGCAAAUUUAGCCAUUUCAGUUCAGGAAGAGGGGGUGGGUUGUGAUGUGAAUAACACUGAAGGUACUAGGUACAGUACCUAGGUCAUUUUUCUGGAAAGUUUACAAGGAGGGACUUUUGAUGUUUCUGUUGUCCUCAUCUUUAGUUGCACUCAUUGCCAUGCAAUGUACAUUAACAUUUUAUUUGACAAAAUUACAAGCUUGGUCACAAGUUAAGCUUCUGUGGAAGAUUGUGAGUGUGACUAGGGUGAAAACAUGAAGCAUAUCUGGCUUGUAAUCGUUUACUGAUGUACUUUAUUUCUUCUGCUUCGCCGUUAAAAGUUAUUUUUAAACUAUUAAACAAAAUCCUAUACCAUGAUGCUGAUCAUCACCUUGCUCUGUCAACUCAGACUCUGAUCAGGAGUUCAUUAAUAACUACAUGGCAUGUGCAAAUUGUGACUUCAGUAGCGUACAGUUAAUCACAUGCUUUGAAACAGUGAGACUACGAUUCAUUUCUCAUUCUGCUGAAGAUUAAGAGAUUACGAAACAGGGGUAUCAGAAUGGGUGCUGAACAUGAAACCCAGAGUUGGCACACUGAUCUAAAACUUCAUGAGCCAGGUUGUUCAUGCACUCUCAUGCAUUUCUUGAAACUUAUUUCAUAUGAGGUGCCUUUACUCAUGCCUGUGAACUUUUAAUGAAAUGAGUUUUCCUACAUGCAUUAAUAGCUUGUAAUAUUGAUUUUUUUUUUUUUUAAAAAGCUUGUUUAUGUUUUUUUACAGAUAUUUGAAAAUUGGCCCAACCUUAACAUUGUAUAUAGUAUUUUUGAUUGAAUAAUAAAGUUAUGAAGACUGUUAA